GGCACCAGUGACACUCUCAUUGUCACAACAUUAUUUUAUAAAAAAAAAGUCUCAGUAAAUAGCAAAACAUAGCAAUGGAAGCUGAAGUUAGCGAGUCUGGUAAAAUUUAUCGGAAUGCAAGUGGCCUCUUCUGCUUUGUAUGCGAUCAUUGUGGCAGUUAUUUUGAUAAUGUCAACGAAACACUGGAACACAUCGAUGGUCAUUUUACCGGUGGAACAAUAAUCACCGAUGCAAUUGGCUCAAAUCAAACUUGUGCAAUUGAAAACAAAGCAGAAAAUUCGCUAGACUUCAUUGCAAUCAGUGAUAUUACCGCCGAUCUUCGGUCCAAUUUACGCGUCAAAGAUGAGAGCAAACAAAAUGAGACCUGCGUUGAAGAUUGGCUGGAACCAAGUGGUUCGACCGACUUUAUGACAGAUUCGAUCAUUGAUCGAAAACGGUGCAUCCACUGCUCCUACUGCGCGGAGCAUUUUGCUAGUCGCCUAUUUUUGGUACUACAUUCCGAAAUCUCUCAUCCUAACCAACCAAUUGAAGGGGAACAGACUGGUGAUUUACAGUGCGAGGGAUGCUCGAUCGAAUUCGAUACACCUACUAAACUGGAAGGGCAUUUCAAUCAGCAGCAUCCGACAGAAGUAGCCACAGACAUUAAAGUAAAUGACGCAGACGAAUGCUCCGAGUGUAAAUUUUGUCGUCGGUCGUUUAAGGCAAAACAUCUGCUUAAGCGACUCCUACAAAGAUCCACAUGUAAAGACGAAUUUUGCAAACCGACGCAAAUUGGGGAAUUUCCAUUUUACUGCGACAUCUGCGGCCACGGUUUUCGCCACAAGUUUCGCUUGAUCCAUCACAUGACUCAACGGCAUACCGGAAAGGAAGACAAGUGCAAAUAUUGCAAUCAACGAUACGUACUCGAAGCAUCGCUGAGACGGCACGAAAAUUCGGAAUGUCUGCUACGACCGAAUGCGGAUGAAAAUGGAAUCGCUAAAGCCAACAAUAAGAACGUUACAUUGUCAUCGGAUGGGAAUAAGUCAUGGGACGGAUACCGGGAGUCGAAAAAUGUACAGCGCCCGAAAAUGUUUAGCUGUGAUCCUUGCCAGAAGUCUUACGAUACACCCUACAUUUUGAAGCAACACAUUCUGUCCCACUCAAACUUGCGCGAAUUUAAAUGUAAUUUGUGCGAUUCCGCGUACAACACGAAACCAAGACUUCGCAGACAUGUCAUCUAUAAUCACACCGAUCGUCCCACAUUCGAUUGCGAAGUUUGCGGCUGGAAGUUUCGCGAGAAGAAUAAUUUGAAGAGGCACUUGCGGCUGCACAAUGGUGAUUAUCAGGCAGAGUGCCAACUUUGCGAUAAGAAAUUCACUGCCAAUUGUCAUUUGAAGUAUCACAUGAAUACUGCACACAGUACGGAAACUCCAUAUCAGUGCGAUCUUUGUGGAAAGUCCUUUAAUUCAACCAGUAAAAUGAAUGCGCACCGACGGCGACACAUCAAAGAAACGCUACCGUGUGACAUUUGUGGCAAAAUAUUCGGCAGCAGGAAUCGAUUGUACGCCCACAAAAAGACACAUACCGAGGAGCGGAAUAUCGUGUGCAAAGUGUGUGGAAAAAAUUUUAAGACUGCAGUGGUUUUGCGUCAGCAUAUGUACUUGCACAAAGGGAAAAUCUUUUCCUGCAACUUCUGUCCGAUGACAUUCGCCCAAUCGUCUGGUCGUAGAACACAUGAAAAGCUGAGGCAUAACAUUCUUUGAGUGUAGCAAACAUUAAACAUUGCCGAAUUAAUAAAGCCAGUCUAAUUGAUC